AUGCGUCUCGUCCCCCGAGAGCUCGAUAAACUCACCAUCUCGCAGCUGGGCUUCCUGGCGCAGCGGCGGUUGGCAAGAGGCGUCCGUCUCAACCAUGCAGAAGCCACGGCAUUGAUAUCCUCCAACCUCCACGAGUUGAUCCGCGAUGGAAACCAUACGGUGGCCGACCUGAUGGCCAUCGGCAAGACGAUGCUCGGGCGUCGCCAUGUCCUGCCCUCUGUCGUGUCCAGCUUGACCCAGCUGCAGGUCGAGGGCACCUUCGUCUGCGGAUCGUACCUCGUCACCGUCCACAAUCCCAUCUGCUCGGACGACGGAGACCUCGAGAAGGCGUUGUACGGCAGCUUCCUGCCCGUGCCACCAAAGGACCUCUUCCCGGACCCUGACCCGGAGGAGUACCUGCCCGAACGCAUGCCGGGAGCCGUCGUCGUGGUCAAAGAUUCCAGGAUCGAGCUCAGUCCCGGACGCAGGAGAAUCAAGCUGCGUGUCACCAGCAAGGGAGACAGGCCCAUACAGGUCGGCUCGCACUACCAUUUCAUCGAGACCAACCCCCAGCUCGAGUUCGACAGGGCCCAGGCAUACGGCUUCCGUCUGGACAUACCCGCCGGAGCAUCCCAUCGAUUCGAGCCCGGAGAGUCCAAGACCGUCCAGCUCGUCGAGAUCGCGGGCCACAAGGUCAUCAAGGGCGGCAACUUCCUGGCCACAGGUGAAGUCGACCAUGGUCGCAGGGACAGGAUUCUCAGCCGUAUCGCCCAGGCCGGUUUCAUGCAUACCCCGGAGCCCAUGGCUGAUGCCAGCUUGGUCAAGCCCUAUACCAUGACCCGCGAGGCUUAUGCGCGCACGUUUGGCCCCACGACCGGUGACCUGAUCAAGCUGGCUGCUACAGACCUGUGGGUGAAGGUCGAGAAGGAUCUCACCACUUACGGCGAUGAAUGCACCUUUGGCGGAGGCAAGUCGCUGAGAGAAGGCAUGGGACAGGCUACCGGCAGACAUGCGCAUGAGGUGCUCGACAGCUGCGUUACCAACGCGGUCAUCCUCGACUGGUCCGGCAUCUACAAGGCGGACAUCGGUAUCAAGGACGGCAUCAUCGUCGGAAUCGGCAAAGCUGGGAACCCAGAUGUCAUGGAUGGCAUCACCCCCGGAAUGGUCAUCGGCUCAUCUACCGACAUCAUCGCCGCCGAGAGGAUGAUCGUCACGGCCGGCGGCAUCGAUACCCACGUCCACUUCAUCUGUCCCCAGCAGGUAGACGAAGCGCUCUCGUCCGGCAUCACCACCAUGCUGGGAGGUGGUACGGGCCCCUCCGAGGGCAGCAAUGCAACUACCUGCACCCCGUCUCCAAACUCCAUCCGCCAGAUGAUACAGUCCUCCGACGGGUUCCCCAUGAACUUUGCUUUCACCGGCAAAGGCAACGAUAGUGAACCGCGCGGCCUCAGAGACCAGAUUCGUGCCGGCGCCGCUGGGCUCAAGAUACACGAGGACUGGGGAGCUACUCCUGCCGCCAUCGACAGCUGUCUUUCUGUCUGCGACGAGCUAGACGUCCAAUGCCUGAUUCACACCGAUACCCUCAACGAAUCAGGCUUCGUCGAGCAGACCAUCAAAGCUCUCAAGGGCAGAGUAAUCCACACCUACCACACCGAGGGCGCGGGAGGCGGCCAUGCCCCCGAUAUCAUCUCCGUCUGCGAACACCCCAACGUCUUACCUUCCAGCACCAACCCAAGCAGACCAUACACUCUCAACACUCUAGACGAGCAUCUAGACAUGGUAAUGGUCUGCCACCAUCUGUCAAAGGAUAUACCAGAGGACGUAGCCUUCGCCGAAUCACGUAUUCGCGCCGAAACAAUCGCUGCCGAAGACGUCCUUCAUGACAUCGGCGCUAUCAGCAUGAUGUCCUCGGACUCUCAGGCCAUGGGCCGUUGCGGAGAAGUCGUUCUUCGAACAUGGCACACCGCUCACAAGAAUAAGUUGCAGCGCGGUGUCCUGCCUGAAGACGAAGGUACGGGAUGCGACAACUUCAGAGCCAAGCGCUACGUGAGCAAAUAUACCAUCAACCCAGCCAUUGCCCAGGGCAUGAGCCAUGUCAUUGGCAGCGUCGAAGUAGGCAAGGUAGCAGACCUGGUGUUGUGGAAGUUUGCCCAGUUCGGCGUCAAGCCUAAUCUCAUUCUCAAGAGCGGCAUGAUUGCCAGAGCACAGAUGGUAUUUACUUACCCCUUUUCCACUAGUUCUCAGUUCUCACACCAUCUAACUAUUCUACAGGGCGAUGCAAACGGCUCUAUUCCGACCAUUGAACCGAUUCUGUCAAGACCUAUGUGGGCUAGCUGUCUGCCAAAUACGUCCAUUAUCUUCGUUUCUCAGUCGUCUGUUGACGACGGCGUGAUUGACACCUACGACAUCAAGAAACGAGUCGAACCAGUCAAGAACUGCAGAAACAUAGGCAAAGAAGACAUGAAGUUCAACGACACCAUGCCGAAAAUGCAUGUCGAUCCAGAAAGCUACACCGUCGAGGCAAAUGGAAUGGUAUGCGAUGCGGAUCCAAUCGAUACCCUCCCCCUAUGCCAGGACUAUUUCAUAUACUAG